UUUGCAUCACAACAACUGCUUGAAGUCUGACCACCUUUUAUGUACGUGUUCGCCUGGUAAUGGGAUUGAAGCCAUCGAAAUCCGAGAAAGAUCCCCAAGCAGAGAAGAAAUCAGGUUUUUUCAGCAAGAAAAAAUCGAAUGAGGUAAUCGCAGCUGAUGUUCAGACGAAAUCAACUGAGGUGAUCGCAACUGAUGUUGAGGAGAUAUCAACUGACGUGGUCACAGUUGUUGUUGAAAAGAAAUCGACUGAGGUGAUUGCAGGUGAUGUUGAAAAGAAAUCAACUGAGGUCAUCGCAGCUGAGAUUGAGAAGAAACCGACCAAGGUGAUCGCAACUGAUGUUGAGGAGACAUCUACCGACGUGAUCAUAGCUGUAGUUGAGAAGAGAUCGACUGAGGUGAUCGCAGGUGAUAUUGAGAAGAAAUCAACUAAUGUGAUCGCAACUGAUGUUGAGGAGACAUCAACUGACGUGAUCACAGCUAAUGUUAAGCAGAAAUCGACUGAGGAGAUCGCAGCUGAUGCUGCAGAAACGUCUGAAAAUCCAGACAACUCUUGGACUAAAAGAAGCAGCCACAGCAACAUAGCUGGUAAGGGCGUUCUAGGAAAUCCAUUCUCCACUGCUGCAAAUCAUCUUAUGGAAGGGGAACGAAAUUUUGCAAACAGUCAGAGUAAUGAGGAAAUACAAAUGGGUCAUGACAAAUCACCAGACUACUCAUGGGAUCAAUGUAUUCGUCCUCUAUUCUCUCGUUUGGUGCAAGUUCUACAAGUCGAACCCAUUCUUGAUAAACUCCUGAGUACAGAUCAGUUGAGAUUAGAAGAAUUUGAUAAAAUGAAGCAAAUGAAUGGAGACGUCGAGAGGGCUCGUUAUCUAUUGAGUCAAAUCUUACCUUAUUUUGCCAACGAAGGUUUUCACAAGUUUUGUGAUACUUUGUCUGAAGCUGGCGGAUAUGAAUUAAUACUGCAUCUUAUACAACCAUACAAACAUCCAGAUUUUCAGAACAGAGAUCACGAAGAAAUCAUUACUGAGUUAUUGAAUGCUGCAAAGUCUUGUCGGCUUCCCUUACAAGGAAAAUCGUUGUUGGAGAAGAGAAAGCCAAAGCUGAAAGCAAAGUAUUUUUCGACGGAAGUGGAAAUGAGAAGUUUUCCUCAUAUUUGUGGUCGAGCCGAAAUUGUCACACACAUGUCACAUUUCUUUUGGAAUGGAGAUAAUAAGCAUGCAGAAGGGAUGAACAUCAGAGACUUUCGAAUGAUGUGCAUCUGUGCUCAAGGUGGGGCAGGUAAAUCAUGCGUAGCAGCCUACUAUGCAAGGCUUUACAGAAAGACAUACGAUGGAGGAGUUUUCUUCAUCAGCUCGAGAACAAACGCAUCCAUACGUCAAUCGAUUUACAAAAUCAUCUGUUUUCUAAGUUCAGAGAGAGACGAAGUUGCAAGUCAAUCCUUGCAAAAAAUGAAGGAGCGCUUUCUAGAUCUCCUUUUCCACCGUGAAGGCAAUGUCUUGUUGAUAUACGACAGCAGUGAUGAUUUGGACGUCGUUCAACACGUAGUUCCUUCAUGCAGCAUGGAAAUUCACGUUAUCAUUACGACGAGAUGCAGAGAUCACGUUUUGAUGCGAGAAGGCAAGGUGAUUCACCUGCCGGGUUUGGAUGAAGACGCCGCCGUCGACUGUUUUUGCCGUUGGGCUGAAAAAUACCACGAUGACGGCAAGAUGUCCGAAUUUGAUAUGGAUGAGAUCAGAAGUAUAGUGACUCAUGGACAAGUAAAGAAAUUGCCACUGGCCAUUCGACGUGUUGCAACAUUGAUGAAGAAGACAGGGGUUACCUAUAGAAACAUAAGCGAAACGCUGUCAUCAAAGGAAGAAAUAGUGAAUUAUCUAGCUGAUGACUUCAAUGACAUAUUACAUGGUAGUGGACUGCAACAUUUAAAGCAGGAACUGGCCAGUUUAGGUGUUACUCGAAUCGACCAAAUUUUAACUGCCAAAAUCUCCUCAUUGGUCAAAUCCGGCAACUUUUGUUCAAGUGACGAAGAAAAGCUGGAGAAUAUGCAAAACCGACUAAUUGUUGACAGAGAAGCUCCAAUGCACUGGGAUCUCGAUUUAGAGGAAGUAUCAAGAAGGUCCGAAGUUGCAGACAAAAUUCUUCAUUUUGCUUCUUUGAUGGACACGAGCGCUGUUCCUACGGAUGUUAUUCGGGUAGCUGUAUUGCAUGAUGGACUGUCAAGAUUUAAAGGAAAUGAGUUUAUAAGCUCUUUGUAUUUGCUGUCACACGAUUUUUCUCUACUCACAUAUAAUGACAAAGAGCAGACGUGUGACAUUCAUGCGCUCGUUCAGCAGUCUGUUGUAAGCCACAUGAAGAGAAGAAAUAAAUUGCUACCUUCUCUCAUUUGUUUGACAAAGUGUAUUCAAGAAUUGUUACCGAAGUCCUCUAAAGCCAUGAAGCGCAAUCUCAAAAACAGGAAGUUGAUUGCAUUGGCUCCACACGUUUACAGCGUUUGUGAUCACAUCUUGAAGUUGAAAUGUGUAAUGCCAGAAUGUCUAGAACUUUUGAAGUUUUCCUGUUGGUUGGCAAAAUAUCUCUACGACAUUAACACAGCCAAGCAUUUGGCAGAAGAGAGAUUGCAGAUUCGUCGUCGAAUCGGCACUCGCACUAUUAACGAAGCCGUUGAAUUGAGCCAGAGUCUGAUCUCUGUUGGUGAUGCUUACGAUCUAAUGAGUACACCUGACUUAUCAAAGCCAUACUUUGAAGAAGCCGUACAAGUAUUGCAAGCAUUUGGUGACGACCAAGCUCUUUAUUUGGGAUAUGGUGUGGCUCUAGGCCGCUUAGGGUCUUGCUACAUGAAAAUGAAGAAAUUGGAAGACGCAGAAACGCUGUUCAGGAAACAGAUUGAAUGGAAACGAAAACAUGCCGGUGGAGCUUCUGGUGCAGAAAUUUCCAUUGCGCUAAAUAACCUUGCUGUCACAUAUGAAAAUGGGGGGAAAUACGACGAGGCGAUAAUGGCAUACGAAGAGUCGCUUGUGUUGAAAAGGCAAUACGAUAACGAAAAUCUAGUGGAAAUGUCUACAACUCUCAUGAAUCUCGGUUACUGCUACAGUCACACCGGGAAACUUGAGAAAAGUUUGAGUUUACUGGAGGAUGCAGUCAAAAUUAGUCGAUCAUGCUACUCAUCUUCUCAUCCCGACUUGGCACGUGCUAUACGUGAUCUUUCAUUUACGUACAAUCUACUUGACAGAAAAGAUGAAGCUAUGAAAUUGGCAAGAGAAGCGUUCGAUAUUGCAAGUAUAUCUUUACCACCAUCACAUUGUGAUUUGGCGUCGUAUAUGAACGGUAUUGGGGAUUGUUGUAAAUCUCGUGGAGACUACAACGAAGCCAUUGUGUGGUAUGAAAAAUCUCACGAAUUCUUGCAACAACUGCGUUCUUCACUUAAACGAGACGACAACCUUGCAACAACUAUUAUCAAUCUUGGUAAUGGCUACAGAGAAAGCGGAAAACUUGAAAAAAGUGCAAAUUUACUAGAGGAGGCCGUUACUAUCAGGCGAUCGUGCUACUCACCUUCUCAUUCCUCUUUGGCAUAUGCUCUCUGUUGCCUUUCAAUGACGUAUGACUUUCUGGACAGAAAAGAGGAAGCAUUGCAACUUGCAAGCAAAGCGUAUGAGAUAGCAACCGUAUCUUUGCCGCAGUCACAUCCUACUUUGCCGCAUUGUAUGGUUACUGUGGGAAACUGCUAUCGAUCACAAGCUAACUAUGAUAAAGCUAUAUCGUGGCAUGAGAAAGCUCGACAAUUGAAUCUACAACAAGAGUACUCGCCUAAUCGAGGACUUAACAUUGCUCUGAAUUUGUAUUACUUGUCUCUCGACCAUGACGAGAAGGGAUGUUGGGAAGAAGCUAUAAGGCUGUGUUUGGAAGCCCUUGAAAUUGGCCAAAAGCGUCUCUUUCCAAAUCGUACCUUUAUUGCUAUUGGUAUGAUGCGCUUAGGUUCGUAUGAAAUCAAGACCGCAAGACUUGAAGAGUCUAUGACUCACUUGCAAACUGCCUUAUCGAUUUUGCAAGACAAACUACCUACUAGUCAUUACACAGCAGAUUGUCACUAUUACCUUUCUACGUUAUUCCUUGUUAUGAAUAAAGCAUACCAAGCCAGUCUACAUGUAGAGAAAUGUCUUGAGAUACGAAAAACCAUUUUUCCAGUUGGUCACAGCAAGAUAAGGGAAGCCGAGUGUCUAAAACAAGACAUUACAGGGCUGAAUGGAAAUGCUUAAGACUGACAUGAUAUUCGUACUUUGCUGGUUGUGUGUUGCAGUUUGCUUGUGUCCUUGUUAGAAUUGAUGGAAUUGGUGCACGCAGACAAUAGGGAUAUAUACAGUAGAUAAAAUUGGGGAUUGCACCUUAUCUUAGCCAAAAGUUUAUAAACUCUUCCACUAUGUUUUUUUAGUGACAAUGCUAUACGCACUAAAUAUAUUCACACUGGUAAAUGCUGAGA